UCUUGAUUUUAAUUGGACAAGUAUCCAUUAGUCAUUCUAGUUGACAUCAUGCUACUGUGUGUAACCUUGUAAUAUCUAUCCUAUAUUAUUUUGUACGCUAUAUACUGUCUUUAUCUGUAUUAUUCUUUAUCAUUUGUAUUAUGUUUUUUGUGUAGUACUGUGCUGUAAUAUGUUUUAAUGGUGACAAGGGACUGCAGAUAAGGUAACUCCAGUACAGUGCAUCAAACGGCAACAUUUAUGUUUAAAACCGUCCUUUCAAACAAAAUUAAAAGAAAGAAACAACUUGCGUAUGAUGGGCUAUAUUUUAACUGACUAUGAACGCUUUCAGUUUUAACUCUUGGAUGUGUUUGCACCCAAAUAUGUUUCGAUAUUCAUAUUUCUUUGAUGUCAUAUUCUCCUCUGUGUUAUGUCCCUUCACAGAUAUAUGCCUGAAAGACAUUGUCUUUGUGGCCCUCGCAGGCGAAAAUCUCACAAUUAAUUAUCAGUUGACGAAACCAGCAAACCAAAGCAGAGACAGCUUGACUUGCUACAACCAGUCCAACGGGCAGAUAUAUAACCAUGACAUCCCUGCGACAGCUAACAGUCAAACAACGGUUAAUGAGACAUUUGUGCUGAAAAGCCUUAAAAAACCUGAUAAUUCAGGGGAAUAUUAUUGCCAAUAUGGACCAGCCAAAGUUUACUGGUUUCUUCGAGUGAGAGAUGGCGGCUACAAGGCAAACACGAUGUAUGAUUACACAGAAUCAAUCACACUGUCCAUCUUCACUGCUGUGCUGCUGGUUUUCAGUGUGGCUGGCUCGGUGUAUGUCUUCAGAGGACAUUGGAAAGAAAAGAUCACUGAAUGUGUCAACAGUGGCAGAAAACGAAAGCAGAACCAAGAAGAAAGGAAGGAGGGAGAGGAGGGAGAGGACCAUGUUGAUGUACCAACAGCUUCAUCUACGUCUUUCUACGCUAGUCUUGAGCCUCGGCCCAGGUCCAUUUAUGAUGUGCUGGACCGCUCAGCUGCCAACAGCGAGCCAGACAAAGGAAAAGCUGCACCCAAAACAAAGGAAACCCCAAAAACGAUGGCGAAAACCACACAAAAACAGGAUGAAGGUGUAUUUGAGUCUGUCUAUGAGAACUUCUGAAUCAUCAACAAACUUGGUUCAAAAGAUUGUGAUAUUUAUGUCAGCUUAUUUUGCUUUGUUGUGUCACUGUGUAGUGGUAGAAGAAGUAUUUAAACUCUUUACUCAAGUAAAAGUCGCAAAACCACGAUGCAAAAAUGCUGUUACAUGUAAAAGUAAUUCACUUAAAAUGUUACUUAAGUAAAACUGCAAAAAAGCUAAAUGUACAGUAAGUAUUUAUAGUCUCAUUGUUACAUCAUUAUAUAUUAUAGGAUUGGAUUAUUAUUACUGAUGCAGUGACAUGCAAGCAGCAUUUUAAUGUUGUAGCUGGUUGCCAUGGAGUGGCUGUUUGCUGUGGUUUACUUAUUAUAUAGCAAUGCAUCAUAUUUUACAUAUUCAUUACAGGUUUUUAAAAUCUGAAUAUGCAAGUAACUAGUAACUACAGCUAUCAAAUAAAUGUUGUGGAUUAAUAUAUACAAUAAGAUUUUAAAAAAAGUAAUGCAUUUCCCAAUGAAUAUAUAGUGAAGUAGAAGUAUAAAGUUGCAGAAGCAAAGAACCUCAGAACUGUACUUAGGUGCAGUACGUGAGUAAAUGUACAUAGUUGAUUUUUACUAACUACAGAAAUUGUAAAAAUAAAUC